CAAUUUGUGUGAAAAUGUUUGAUAAAAAUAUAAUAAUUUAAUUAAUUUAUAAAUAGAUUUUAUUUCAUUACAUGUAAUUGUAAUAUAAUUAUACAUUAAGUCAUACAUUAAUAUAAACCCAAUUUGAGUGCAAUAUAUGCUUUGCUUUCCAACUCAUUACCAAUUAGUGGCCAAACAGUGAUCGUCUCGAGUGGUGAAGUACUCGAAGAAGUGGAAGUAGUGGUGAAGUACUCGAAGAAGUGGAAGUAGUGGUGAAGUACUCGAAGAAGUGGAAGUAGUGGUGAGUGAUGGCCGAUCUGGAGAGGAAGUGGUGUUGCAAUCGUUGCACUUAUCAUAACUACUCGAAGGCAAACAAGUGUACCAUGUGUUCAGCCUUAAGACAAUCAGCCAUUCAGCUCAUCAUUGAUGAUAAUUGCCAUCAAAAUCCAUCGCAAGAUAUCUAUAAAAUGUCUUCACUUCAGGACUCGAUGUGUGAUAACAACCAGAAGUCUUCGGCGAAGAAUGAGACGAACAUGAAGUGGUGGUGCGAUGUCUGCACUUUCCUCAAUCACCACAAAUCACUCAAAUGUGUCCAAUGCUUGACUCCACGCAAGACUCGCAAUACAAGUCCUAAACCUGAAUCUGAUUCAAAACAAAUGGCUUCUAAUGAAGAGCUAUCGAGUGGCCAUUCACUCGAUGGACAGCCAAUUGGUUCGGCUAAUAGUAAUACUAUAUCUUCUGACAGCUAUUGUAAUGACAAGAAUAAGCACAAGAAGUACUCGAGUAUUGGAGUGGUUCGUGGGUUCAAGUGGUCGUGCAGUGCCUGUACUUAUGAUAAUUGGAACGCUUCCAAGAAAUGUGUUCUUUGUCUGACCCCAAGAAAAAAUGCUACAAAUUGUGGCGAAAGACCGCAAACAAUCACUUCAACCGAUUCAGUACUUGACACGCAUUCACGUGACGAUAAGCGCAGAGACAGUCCUUUGCCUCCAAUGCCAGCCAUUGCUGCUAAUGAGUGCUCUAAUGAUUACAAUAAUAUCAUUAAUAAUAAGAUUAAUGAGAACUUAAGUGAUAUCUCGUCGACAACUAAUGAUUAUAUCGAUGAGAGAAGUGCUCAAAGAUGUGAACAGCUCUAUGACUUAGACCUGCUUAUAGGUGAGAGUUCACGUCCAGUGGCCAAACGGGUGCCGUCGGAUGUGAGCCGUUAUUUGGCGGCAGAGAUCAGACGACUGUUCGCGAGUGGACUCAAACAACGGAAGGGAGAGUUUGGCUGUUAUUUCGUCACUGAAUUCGUAACAUUCGCUUUGCCUCAAGAGAUCGAAGACUUAUCGCCACCUAUUCAGCAAAGACUCUUCGAUGAGUACUUAGACCGCGACGUCCAGAAAGAACUGGAAGACGAGUCACCGAUUAUUAACUGGAGUUUAGAGCUCACGGAACGCUUGGGUUCGCGUCUAUAUGCCCUUUGGAACCGUUCAACCGGUGAUUGUCUGUUGGAUUCAGUACUUCAGGCGACGUUCGGUAUAUUCGACAGAGAGAACAGUAUGAGGAAGGCUUUGGGCGACUCUCUGAGUGAAGGAUCUUCUCUUCUGUUCCCGCGAUUCAAAGAAGCGGAAACACUUCAGGCGAAUCUCUUGCACUUCACUCUCGAUGACGAUCAGUGGCGCGAAGACUGGGCUGUCAUCCUUUCAUUGGCAUCACAACCGGGACAAAGUCUGGAACAGAUCCAUAUCUUCACGUUAGCGCAUAUACUUCGGCGUCCAAUCAUUGUGUACGCCAUUCGUAUAGUGAAGAGUUUUAGAGGCGAUUCUUUGGGUUACGCCGGAUAUGAAGGCAUAUAUUUGCCACUUCUCUGGGAAUCGAGUUUCUGUUGGAAAUCUCCGAUAGCUUUGGGUUACACGAGGGGACACUUCUCAGCUCUGGUGCCCAUAGAGCCCGUGCCCUCAGACGAACAGAUCGGCGCCGGCGCUAACUUUAGAUCUAAUGAUGACAAUGAAGUGAUAUAUUUACCAUUAGUUACAUCAGAGCACCAGUUAUUGCCGCUUCACUUCUUGGGCCACAACGAGUUGGGCAGAGAGGAGGACAUAAUCAGGCAGUGGUUGGACUGUUGUGUCACAACGGGUGGUAUAUUAGCCGCUAAACAAAAGAUUCCACGAAAGCCUCUAUUGGUGGCGCAGAUGAUGGACGAGUGGCUCGACUUUUACAGAAAUCUUCCGCAGCCCUCCAUCUCUACGGCUGACCGGAUGUCCAUCAAAACUAAUGACUUCUCCAGUGAUGACUCCGAUCAAGAGAUCUGAUUGUGAUAUCCGUCCACACAAUCAAUGAGUACUUUUAGUGUAAAUUUUCAAAUAAUAGAAAAUUUCAAAUGUUAUUAAUUGAACACUAUUUUAGUUGGAUUUCAUCGAAAAAUAUACACAAUUUUAUUGGUUUAAAAUUAUAAAUAAAAGUAUUGAAUAUAUUAUAUAAUAGUAUAUUAUAUUAU